AUGUCACGGAAUCCCUCGCACAGUGUCGGGUUCCUGUGCGAGGCCCGUCUCCGCAGCGGACAACCGUGCUUGAUGGCAAACGAUUUCACGGCACGACAGCCCGGAUCUCCAUGGCCAGCUGUCUUGAAAUGGAUUCGAGACAACGCCCGCCCUAGCGGGCCAUCCCUGCUGGUCUCAUUGCCAUAUGCCGGCCCGGACUCUUCAGCCAACGUUCCGUCCACAGGUGCCCAGACUGCCCACCAGACUGUCCGCAAUAUCAGGCCAAUGUGCCAUCCGGAGGAAGUGGAUACCGCUGGAGCACGGCAGGACAGGCCCUUGCGCGCCGACUCCAGGGUGCGCUGAGGACCGAGGCAGGAGGAGGGUGAAUUUUGUCAGCAGCUGAUUCGAGGGGAGCUUCUUAGCUCGUGUGGUCUGGGGAAAUGAAUACAUCUGGUCUCGACUCUUUUCCACAUCUUCCAGUGCCA